AUGGCCCGACCAAUGAUGAAGAUGUGGGAAAGGUACUGUCUACGUCCUGUCCAAGACUCCACUCCCACUUUGAUCCCAGUUUUUCUCUACGGGACAGCCUGGAAGAAAGACCGCACGGCCGAUCUUGUCUACACCGCUGUCAACGCCGGCUUCCGCGGCAUCGAUACAGCAGCUCAACCUCGUCACUACCAGGAACCACUGGUCGGCGAUGGAAUUCGCAGGGCAAUCGCAGAGGGGGUGGUGCACAGAGAAGACCUCUAUGUGCAAACCAAAUUUAGUCCGGUCUCUGCACAAGACCCAGAUAAUAUGCCGUAUGAUGCAAACUCCUCUCUGACUGAGCAAGUCCAUGCAUCAAUCAAGUCGUCUUUGCAUAAUCUUCGACCAUUUGCCGACCCGAGUAGCGUGGACGAAGCCUACAUUGACACUGUGGUCAUCCAUAGCCCGCUCCGCACUAUUGAACAAACCAUCGAAGUGUGGGAGGCCUUACAGACUUAUGUGCCUCACCAAAUUCGCAACCUGGGACUCUCGAAUUGCUCUAUAUCGGUUCUACAUGCUCUUUAUAGCUCCCCUGUGGUCAAUGUGAGGCCUGCAGUUGUACAGAAUCGAUUCUACGAAGAUACUUUCUUUGAUGUUUCGCUUCGUGCCUUUUGUCGUGAGAAUGAUAUCAUUUACCAGAGUUUUUGGACUCUGACUGCAAACCCAGAGCUGGUGCGCUCGGAGCCUGUGCAGAAACUCGCUUCUCGAGUCGGCAUCAGUCCCGCGGCUGCGCUGUAUGCGCUGGUGAUGGCACUCGGUAACAUGACCGUAUUGAAUGGCACGAAGAAUGCAACCCGCAUGGUCGAGGACUUGGCAAGUCCUAAGAGAGUGGAAGAGUUCACCCAGGCUCAGCCAGCUGAGUGGCAGGAGUUGUUGAAAGGUUUCCAGGAACUUGUCGGUGAUGAUAUUACCAGUUAG